AAGGAACCCCGAGAAGAAGUCGAAAAAUUUCUUCGUCGACAAGCCAAACACGCCCUAUUAAAUCAAAAGCACAAAUAAUUUUGUUUUUCAUCGAAGCCCAUUCAGAUUUCGGGAAAAGAGCUUUGAGCGCGAUGAUACCGGCUUACGGAUAGGAUUCUUCGAGUUAUUUUGCUUCGAUUUUCUAGAAAAGAUCCAACUGCCUAUAGUCAAGUUUUAAUUACAGAAAACCUUUCCAUUUCUUUAUAUUAUAGAAAUCUUCACCCAAUUCGGAUCACAUAGGCGGUUUUAGUACUAUACGUAUAUUUGUUUCUUCUUCCAUUUUCCCAUCUUCUGACCCACCCUCUGCGACGCCCGGUCCGACGCUUCUUCUGCUGGGUUUCUGAAGCCAUGGAGUCUACUAUGGUGAUUAAGGUUAAAUAUGGAGAAAUGCUAAGGCGCUUCAGUGUUAGAGCCCAUGGAAACAAUAAACUGGAUCUUGACAUCAAUGGCUUGAGAGCAAAGAUACUUAAUCUCUUCAACUUCUCUUCUGAUACUGAUUUUACAUUGACUUAUAUUGAUGAAGAUGGUGAUGUGGUGACCUUGGUCAAUGAUGAUGAUCUGCAUGAAUUGAUGAGGCAACAGUUAAAGUUCUGGAAAAUUGAUGUGCAUCUGAGAAAUAAGGAAAAUGACCAAUCCCAUAACAGAUCAGAUGGAAGUUCUACCCCUAUGAUGUCAGCAAGUGGCCAACCUUCGUUUCAAAAUGUUCGUCCUGGUAUCUCUGAGGUUUUGAAAUCUCUGCCAGAGCCCUUACCUGAAUUUUGUUCAAAGGUCUUCCUUGACAUCGCUUCAAAAGCCGCAGUUGCUAGCCCUUUGUUUUCUGAGCUUGCUCAGAGCUUUAUUCGGUUGGGAAGCACACACCCGAACACUGGUUCCCGGGCCUCAUCUGUUCCAGAGACGUGCACACAGAAUGUGGCCACUGAGGGUUCUACGUGUUCUCUAGGUGCAGAUUCAAAAGCUUCAAAGAACGAUGACGUUCAAUGCGCUGGUUUAGCUUAUAAAGAUAGAAAGAUAAUUAACAGUGAGAGCAUGACAAAGAACAUUGGUAUAGCUGGACCUGCUGUUGAUCUUAAUGCCCUUCCUUGUGAUUCUAUUGCUUCUGGAUUUGCUAUUGGGAAAUCAGCUACUGCUGCCCCUUCCAGCAGCCCUUUUGAUGGAAAGGAGGAAGAAAAUCGCAAUGAAAUGUAUGUACGCGGUCUUCCUGCAUCGGUGCACACUAAACCACAUAAUUCAGCUUCCACUGAUAGGGAUGGUAGGUUCGUCAACGAGUGCCCUUUUAGUGGAUUGCCUGUGGCUACCGAACCAUCUAUGCUUGGAACUGCAGGUAUAGAUCCUGUAAACAGUGGUUACAUUGAAUCUGCAGGAAGUAAGUUCCAUAAAGGUCCAAAUGUCAGCAGCAGUGGCUACAUUGAACCACUCCAUGAAGAUCCAAUAAUUAGCAGCCGAGGUUACGUUGAACCUGUGAGAAGUAUAUUCCACAGAGGUGUUAUUUGUGAUGGCUGUGGAGCCCAUCCGAUUACUGGUCCACGGUUCAAGUCCCAAGUGAAAGAUAAUUAUGAUCUCUGUAUGGUCUGCUUUGCUGAAAUGGGCAAUGAGGCUGACUACAUCAGGAUCGACCGUCCUGUCUCUCACCGGCGUCCAAGAAUGAAAUCCUGCUAUCGUAGACCUCCAUUUCCUGGCCCCCAAAUAAUCGAUGCUUUGAUAAGUUCUGGAAAGCAGACCAAACUUGAUAGUCGCUUUGUAGACGACAUUAAUGUCUUGGAUGGCACUGUGAUGCCUCCUUGUACCCCAUUUACCAAGAUAUGGAGGUUGCAUAAUAGCGGGAGUGUGAACUGGCCUCGUGGUACACAGCUAGUAUGGACAGGAGGAGAUAAGUUCAGUCGUUCAGAAUCGGUCGAAUUAGAGGUUCCCGCUGAUGGACUUCCUCCGGGUCGGGAAAUUGACAUUGCAGUUGACUUUAUAGCCCCUCCAUUUUCUGGUCAAUACACCUCAUACUGGAUUAUGGCAUCUCCAUCUGGCCAGAAGUUUGGACAACGUGUUUGGGUUCUUAUUCAGGUUGAUGCAGCACUUGGGAUGCCAGAUUCCGAGCAUUUGCGAGCUGUGGAUUCAAAUUUAUCCUCACCCAUAGUCAUAGGUAGUGCUGGUUCAAACAGCCAUGAAGGUGUAGAAAAGAAUGCUACUCCUGCAAUUUCUGACGGUGUCCUUCUCCCUCCUCGUAAUUCUGUUCCUAUAAUCGAACUAGUAAAACCUGAUCUUAAUGUGCCUAUAAGUGAAACAGAGCUACAGUUCCUAGUAAAUGAGGAUAUGCUAGUUGGGAAGAGUCCUGCUACUUCUGCUACUGAGGAUAACUUAGUCUCAUCUCGCCCUGCUGUCGAUGGCCAUGGAGUUCUACCUCGUUCAACCGAGGUUCCCUCUGUGCCAUACCCUCUUAUUGAUCUUUCUUUACCAACUCCAGCUGCAAACCCACCUCCUCCAAUACCAUCCCCCAAGGUUUCUCCAGCAUCAUCUGAAAAAGUCACUACUAACAACGUUGUUGAAGAAACUCUUCUUAAAACACUACAGGAUAUGGGAUUCAAACAGGUUGAUCUGAACAAGGAAGUACUGAAGAGGAACGAGUACAAUCUAGAGCACUCGGUGGACGAACUCUGUGGAGUUUCCGAAUGGGAUCCGAUGCUUGAUGAGUUGGAGGAAAUGGGAUUCAUCGACAAGGAAACGAACAAAAGACUUCUGAUGAAGAACAAUGGCAGCAUGAAGCGAGUAGUGAUGGAACUUCUAUAUGGGGAGAAGGCUUAGCUGAAGAAAGCUCUCUCAAAACUAUGGGUUAGAAUGUAAAUACAUAUUACAACCAAACAGAAUAAGAGAUAUGGCACUGUUGCUCUGGAACCAGGUUUUUUUGAGUCCUUUUCUGUUUCUGUUCUGUCUUUUAUCAUUGUAAAAGUUGUGUGUGUAUAUAUAUAUAUAUAUGUCAUUCGAACUUUUGUUCAGUUCAGCGUCUAGAACUCAUGUUUUUCUUGUAGCUGUGAUGUUUAAUCCUUUCACUGAAGAGACUGGGCUUGAAGCUAUAGAACAUUUCACAGAUUGAACCUUCCUAUUUAUCUUCUUAGGUGUCA